GCGCCCCGCGCCGCCCCCCGGCGCCGCGGAGCUUGAGGCGGAGCGGGAGAGGAUCCGGCGGGAGAUCGAGGAGCUGGAGCGCAGCCUGCAGCCCGCCGGGGCCGGCGCCGGGCUGGACGUGUCGGAUUGCAGCCUCGGCUCCGGUACGGGCCUCCGGGCUCUCCGGGCCCGCCGUGCCCGCUGGCGUCCAUGCGAGGUGCCGCCUGCCCGGGCUCCUCAGCCGGUCCCAGCGGAGGGGAGCCCGCUGGCGUCGCCGCUCCGAUCGUUUCCGUAACGAAACCCGGGGAAAAAAAGCACGAGGGAGGCUCGGAGAACUGCCCCGGCCCCUCCCGGAGGCGUUUAGGCAUCGCAGGCGGGGGCCGAGCUGCCUUGGGAAACGGAACCUCCCACCAGACACUGGCACGGUUAUAUCGGCCGUUUCCAUGCUCUCUGAACGGACCACGUGAACUCCACUGCACCAUUCCAUUGCUCAGCCUGGCUGUGCUUCCUAAAAUCGUUCUUUCAAAGCAAUAAAGGGGGCGAAUUAAAAGCUCUGGUAUCAGUACCUCUGGUGGCUGUCACUAAUCCUUCGCCUCAGUUUUGAUCGUGCCACUCCAAAGAUCACAUGUCAGAACUCCAUAGCCGCGCUGAAGGCAAAACCAAUACUGCUGAAGGCUGGCGGAAGGUUGCUAGGUGGUUACAGAAUAUGGGGUUUGUUGGGUGGGAACACUCGCUUGUCUGCACAUUCUGAGGCCUUUAUUUUACCAUGAUGCACAGGACCAAGAUGCAGCUUGAUUGCUGCUAUAGCCAGCAGAAGCUGCUAUUUUGCAUACUCUAGAACGACAAAAAAAAGUACACAUGUGGUGUAUAACUAAACAUUUUUACUUGAGGGUGUUGGCAAUACCUGAAAACCCUAAUGCUCAUAUGCUGAAGAUGACGACUCAGAUUCUCAGGAAGAAAUGGAAGUGGAAAAAGAAGAGGACAGUAGUGAUGAUGAUACUGAAAACAGCCUGCCGGAAGACCCAGAAACGUGUCUGCAGAUGAACCACGUGUACCAGGAAGUUAUCCAGGAAAAGAUUGAAGAAGUUGAGCUUCUGAUUGCACAAAACAAAGAACAGCAGAAAGAAAUCAUGUGCGAACUUGACGGCACAAAAACAGCAAAAGCAGCAGAUGGUAGAAAUUUACCAGCAAAUAUAUUUUUGGGCCAUUUUAUGAAGCCGUACUUUAAGGAUAAAACAACAGGAAUUGGCCCUCCUUCCAAUGAAGAUGCCAAGGAAAAGGCAGCUCAGGGCAUAAAAUCCUUUGAACAACUGCUUUCAACAAAAUGGAAAAGCAGAGAGAAGAUACUAUUGCAGAAAUCAGUCGUAAGUGACCGCUUGCAGCGCCUGCUUCAGCCAAAGCUACUGAAGUUGAAUUACUGGAAUCAGAAACUGGAAAAAGUCAAGACUGAAAUGGAGAAACAAAUCUUGGAAAAGCAAAUCAAAGAAGUGGAACGAGAAAUAGAGGCAAUUAACCAACUUCCAGAAAGUGACUUGUUAGGAGACAGAUUUGACGAGCAUGACUGGGAGAAAAUUUCAAACAUCCAUUUUGAUGGACAACGUAGUUCAGAAGAACUGAGGAAGUUUUGGCAGAACUAUGAACAUCCAAGCAUCAACAAAAAGGAAUGGACAGAGGAGGAAACAGAGAGGCUGAAGAAGAUAGCUGCUGAACAUGGUUAUUUGGACUGGCAGACCAUAGCCCAGGAGUUGGGGACAAACAGGACAGCUUUCCAGUGCUUGCAGAAGUAUCAAGCCUAUAACAAAGACUUGAAAAGGAAAGAAUGGACCAGAGAUGAAGAUCUGAUGCUUUUAGAGCUUGUUCAAGAGAUGAGAGUAGGAAGUCAUAUCCCAUACAAGAAAAUUGCUUAUUACAUGGAAGGAAGAGAUUCUGCCCAGCUGAUUUACCGAUGGACCAAGAGUGUGGACCCCAGUUUGAAGAAAGGACCUUGGACGCCAGAGGAAGAUUCUAUGCUGUUGGCUGCAGUUAAGAAGUAUGGAGAGCGUGACUGGUACAAAAUUCGGACAGAAGUACCAGGCAGGAGCGAUGCUCAGUGCAGAGAUCGGUACUUAAAAGCAUUGCACUGUGAUGUAAAGAAAGGCAGGUGGAGUUUAGAGGAAGAGGAACAGCUAAUUGAUCUGGUGCAAAAGCAUGGCCUGGGUCACUGGAGUAAAAUCGCUUCCGAGUUGCCUCACCGGACCGGCUCCCAGUGCCUAAGCAAGUGGAAACUCAUGAUUGGGUCUAAGAAGAAAAAAUCAAGGCCAGCGAAACGGCGACAUGUAGAAGAGAGUACCAGCUGUUCAGAGAGUAGCAGCGAAGAUGUAGAACUGGACUUAGCGGACAGUUCAGAAGAGGAGAUGACGAGUAAGGAGGAGUGUGCAUUUCCCAGCAUCGAUUUGUGGAUUCCAACACAGACAAGUACACAGGAGUCAAACAAAGGAAGAUACCAAACUUCAUCCCUUUUCUCUUCUGUGAGUGCUAAUGCAAAGACCAGUAACAGUGAAGUUCCACGUGCACCCUGUGAUGGAGGCAAGGACGGAGUUGCUGAUAAAUCCGCAGAACUGAACACCAUCCUGAGGGGCAUUGCACGCCCACAUUCAACAGACAUCACCGUGAAGAAUCCAGUAGAAGUAAUUAACAAGGCUUCCAGGUGUGGAAAGCAAGUGCUACGGGUUACCCUGGAAGAUGUGAGAAGAGUAUUAAGAAAUAACACGUGCUUUCAAAGGAAACUCCAAUCAGAGAUGGUAAAACCUAUUUCCACUGGUUUAACAAAAAUGUCUGGAGCUGCUACAUCUGCCGAUCAGAAGCUUCAGGGGCUGCAGAACACCAUGGAGAAAAGUUAUCGUCAAAAGAGAGAGCGUUUGAGAAGAAUAAACCUUGACAGAAAGCUUCUGAUGGCAGUGACACCUUGGGUGGGCAAUGUGCUACUGCCUUGCACGUUGCAAACUGGGAAGAUGGCUUUUCAUCAGACGAAAGCUUAUGCCAUUCAAGAGAAGAUGAAGUCAGUCAGUCUCUCGAGCACUCCCCUGUUCACGCUUUUCAUUCAGCUCUUUCAGAUUGAUACCAAUGGUUGCAUGAAAGUUAUUCGGGAGGGAAGACUAAAGCAGUCAGAGCUUAAGGCUAACGCAAUAGGGCCUCAGCAGGCUUCCCAAAAUGUGGAGACUUCUUCAGGCAAUUCGUCGCAACCUUGCACUCAGAGGAACUCCCAAAGGGGCAUACCAAGGAACGCUGUCAGAAGACCUGUUGCCCUGAAAGCAAGGGAGACUUCUGUUGCUGGCCUUGAGAGCAGCACUCCUGCUCUCGCCAUGCAGGCGGCUCUUCCGGCCCAAGCACAAAGGCAGAAGCCUAAAACUGUCUCAGAACUGCUGAAAGAAAAGCGGCUAAGGGAAUCCCAGGCCAAGAAAGCUGCGCAGAGAACAGUAUUUAUUGCCCCACAGAUGUUGGUUCCAGGGCCUUUGAUAAUCCAGCACCCACCACAGCAAAUCAUUCCUUCUGCGCAGGCAGGGAGCAAACCUGGAGCAGUUGGUUGUACAAACAGCGACGUGCGGUGUGCACCAGCUCCACUGCCAGCUUUUACUUCUGUUGCAGGUUCAACUUCUACCACCACUGUGGUUGAAAACCAUUCCUCAUCAGUGCCCAGAACUGGGGAGGGCUCUGGUUCCUCAGCAGGACCAAAAGUACAAUCCGGUAAGGAACUAAAUGAGCAAGCUCCUCAAAGUAGCACUGAAGGAGGUGGUUUUCCAGGCCUGAAUCCAACUGGAGCAGAGCAGGCCUCAAAUCAAGGAGGGUGCAAUGGUCAGAUCCUAGCUGGUAGCUCAGUGCCAGUAGUGCUGCAAAAUCAAGCUUUUGUGCCUCGUCAAAUUGCAGUGGUGCCUGUUGGCGUAGAGUCUGGCACCAACAAACUGUCUCUUUCCACACCACUUACCUGUGACCCGAACAGUAACGGACCACAGCAGAGGCCGGUCAAUUUAUUGCCGGCUCUUGUAGCUCCACAAGCCGGCUCCCGUUUGGUUCCCAGCAGCGUGCUGCCUUUCACGUGGGUUGUAACACCACAGGCGUUGCUCCCCACCGCUGUGCAAGCUGUGGUGGGUGUUCCCCAAGGACUGCCAGCUGCUGCUGUGAAAAGUCAAAGCCAGGCAAGCGUGACAUCUGAUGGCAGUGCUUUAGGAGUGGCUCCUGUACCAGCUGGAGCAAAUACGCCUCACGCUGCUAGCGCAGAGACGAAAGCACCAAGUUCCCAGUUAGCCGAAGGGGUACCACUGGGAAAGACAACCGUUGUGAACCAUUCUGCAAGUCUCUUACCUGUGACCUCAGCCAAUCCUGGAUGCAACACGCCCGCUGUUUCUUCUGCUGCUGUUCCCUCCAAGGCUUCCGACUCCUCUGCAGCUCAGCAUUCUCUUCCAGCUGAUGCACCAACCCUGCAUGCUGUGCCGCUGCCCCAAACACAGCUACCUGCAAGUACUCCAGGGUCUGACUCCCACUGUGCAGCAAGUCCCGUUAGCUCGGGGAAGAACCAGGACUCUGCUACAACAAACGCAUCAUCUUCCAACCCAGGUGUCGUUACAGAAGGGGUUGUGCUCCAGCCGAGAGACCCAGUUCCUCCUAACAAUGUCCCAAAGAGCUCUGAGGGCUUUGCUGCCCAGGUGUUGAAAACCAGACCUAUCGCCUCCAAACCACCCGCUACACAGCCUGCUGGGGGUCCACCCCAGCCAACCACUUCUAGUGCAGGAAAGGCUCUGCUUGACUUCAGCCUGAUUUCCCUCGAGGAUGAGGAGCUAGUGAAAGAAUGGCUGAGCGGGGAGCAAGGUGUCCAGGUGCCGCCACUGCAAACCAGGUUGCCCUAUUUCCCACCUUUCUUGUGCAACUUAAAAACCCUCUCGAGGCUGCUUCUGCAGAAGGCGGCUCUGGAAAAGCAAGCAGCGUGUCUUCUGCCUUCUGAUGCCGGUGGGGGUGAGGGCGCUGGGGUUGAUCUGCGUGCCAUCACAGAACUGGUGCAUCAGAAACUGGGCGAUGACCCUGCUUUUCUCCUCCUGAAAGCCAGAUUCCUGGCAGCCUUUACGCUCCCUGCUGUACUCGCAACUCUGUCUCCUCCAAAAGUGGCAACAACUCUGUCAGCCAGCAGGAAGCAAUACGACGAGAGUGAUGAAGAGGAGUGGCAGAGUGAGAACGAAGUGUCUGAGGAAGAGAGUUCUGGGAGUGAAUUAACAGGUGUACAGUCGGACGGGACAGUUGGUGAGGAGCCGGGAGAUGAAGAUGCUGAUUUUCCAAAUGAGGGCAUGGGAGCUGAAGAGAUUGCUGCACAAUCCGUCUCGGGCUCCUACAUGGAUGUGACUGAUGCCAACGCUCCUCAAAUCAGGAGAAGUUCCCGCCUCAGGAAAAGGAGAAGGACGUGAGAAGGAAACGGGAGUCACUUGACUGAGGUCUGCCUUGCUCCAUGGCAGUGGGAGAUACUCUUUGCACUGUUCACUUUGAAUGCUUCCAACAAACUGCCCAGACAGACCUGGGGAAGAGAGGAAAAUGGCUGGAGUGGUUUCCUCAUCGCCUAACCGAGUCUGCUCGUUUAGACAAGAUGCAAAUAAUGAAGCCAAAUUGCUGGAGGGAAGGCUUUGAGGCACAGAGCGAUUCUGUUCUCUUCCAAACUAGCACCUGCCAUAAAUACUGGGGGGGGGGGGGUUGCUGGAGACCUGGGGAAGCCAGCAAGGAUGGUUAUUUAUUUCUUUUUUGUGUUAGCCCCUAUUUAUGUGAAUGUUUAUCUGUAUUCAGAGUAUGUGAUUCAUUAGGUGUUUAUUUUAGUGCUGUGACAGUGUUGUUGGACAGCUGACUGAAUACUGCUGAAUAAGCAGCAGAUUAAUUUUGUACCAAAUGAGCCUCGAGUAUUUGUUGAAAUACAGAUGUUUUAUUUUUCUCAC